GGUGUCCAUCGCCAUACACAACACAAAAAACUUCAGUUUCUAGAGAGAGAAAGUGAGAGUUAGAUAGAGAAAGCUCAAGAAAAGCGAAAGCCAAAGCAAAAAUGAACCAUAUAGAAGAAGAUGAAACCCUACGAAAAGGUCCAUGGACCGAACACGAAGACGUUCAAUUGGUUUUAUACGUUAACGUGUUCGGUGAUCGCCGUUGGGAUUUCAUAGCGAAAGUUUCAGGUUUAAAAAGAACCGGAAAAAGUUGCAGACUAAGAUGGGUGAAUUAUCUAAAUCCGAGCUUGAAAAGAGGAAGGAUGACUCCUCAUGAAGAGAGGCUUAUUCUUGAGUACCAUUCUAAAUGGGGAAAUAGAUGGUCAAGAAUUGCUAGAAAAUUGCCAGGACGUACAGAUAAUGAGAUAAAAAAUUAUUGGAGGACACUUAUGAGGAAAAAAGCUCAAGAAAACAAAAGGAUGUCAUCUCCGUCUUCGUCCUUGUCAAACUCAUCUUCCUCCUCAUCAAGUUGUACGAACGGUCCCAUGGCUGAUAUGAUGCUCAUGUCCGAAACGAAAGAAAGAAGCUUUUAUGAUACCGGGGGGAUCGAAUCGGUCCCUCUGUCUGGAAGCAAAAACAACAAUAGUGCGAUGAGAAAUAAUAUUAUUACAAGUGAAGAACAAGAAGGGAUUUAUUCAAUGGAUGAUAUAUGGAAAGAUCUAGAUUUAUUAGAAAAUGGAGUUAAACAGGCUUUUGACACUGAGGUUACACCUCAAGUAUGGGAUUACUCGCUCAACAGUUUUUGGAUGAUGGAUGGUGGUCAACAAGAGCUUUGUACAAAUAUGUUUUUCCCGGCAACAAGCGAAGAAUUGACUGGCUGAUUAGGUUACUUCAUCAUUAAUUUCUUGUUCAUAGAUGCAAUAAAUUUCAGUGGGUACUUGUAAAUAUCAUGUGUUGGUGAUAAACUAUGUUAACUUGGCGUGUGUUCUAUUGUGUUAAUAACCAUAAAUUUUCUCAAUGUAUAACUCUACCUUACAUGCUUA